CAGAGUGAACAGCAGUUGGACAGUGCCCUGGAUCUCAUGAGGCGUCUGCCGCCUCAACAGAUCGAAAGGAACCUCAGUGACCUCAUUGACCUGGUGCCGGAUCUAACUGAGGACCUUCUUUCCUCAGUGGACCAGCCCCUGAAGAUUGCCCGGGACAAGGUUUUGGGAAAAGACUAUCUUCUUUGCGAUUACAAUCGGGAUGGUGACUCCUACAGAUCCCCGUGGAGUAAUAAAUACGACCCUCCCAUUGAUGAAGGUUCCAUGCCUUCAAGUCGCUUGAGGAAACUGGAGGUUGAAGCCAAUAACGCUUUUGACCAGUACAGAGACCUGUACUUUGAGGGUGGUGUAUCAUCAGUGUACCUCUGGGAUUUGGACCACGGCUUCGCUGGGGUUAUUCUCAUCAAAAAGGCUGGAGAUGGAUCUAAAAAGAUUAAAGGGUGCUGGGACUCCAUCCAUGUGGUGGAGGUGCAGGAGAAGUCCAGUGGCCGCAACGCUCACUACAAACUCACCUCCACCGUUAUGUUGUGGCUUCAGACGACCAAGAUUGACUCUGGAACCAUGAAUUUGGGGGGCAGCCUAACAAGACAAACAGAAAAAGACGAUACGGUUGGAGAGUCUUCGCCCCACAUCGCUAACAUUGGCCGCCUUGUUGAAGAGAUGGAGAACAAGAUUCGCUCCACAUUGAAUGACAUCUACUUUGGGAAGACCAAGGACAUUGUCAACGGACUUAGGAGUGUUUCAUCUCUGGCUGACAAGUCAAAGCAGGAGGCUCUCCAAAGCGAACUGUUCAAGGCACUCAAACUGAAAAACCAAAGCUAG